GCCGUGCCGAGGCCGCGCCGGGCGGGCGACACCUGGGCGGCUGCGCUGCCUCCUCCCCUCCCUCCCUCUCACGUAGGUUUCGACUUUCUUUCUCCGCCCGGAAACUUGGUGGAGGAACCCGCGUUAUUGCCGCCGUCGCAGGCCGAGUUGGCGCUGGGCUCCCCUCGCCUUCUCCCUUCCCCUUCCCGGGGGGCGAGCGAGCCCCCCUUCCCGGCGCUACAGAGGUCCUCUGUCAGACGGCUGCUACGUGACAACCUUCCUUGCUGCUGGGCUGAGAGUGCCUGGUGCUGGCUGCCAUGGCUGAUCCCACAGCAGAAGAACACGCGUCCCAAGUCAGUGAACUCUGCUGCGAAUGCGGUCAGUUCCACCUUUUGCUGGACAAUCAUCUCUACAACUUCCAGGAUGAAGUGGAUGAUGAACUCAUCUGCCACAUCUGCCUUCAGCCUCUGCUCCAACCUAUGGACACCCCCUGUGGACAUACGUACUGUUUCAAGUGCCUCGAAAACUUUAUGCAGGAGUAUAACUUUUGUCCUAUGGAUCGGAAGAAGCUCUCUUUCCAGCAGUGCCACAAGUCCAGCCUUCUAGUGCGAAACCUCUUGGAUAAGCUGAUUGUCUUCUGUCCUUUCAAGGCAGAGUGUCAGCAGACGAUGCAGCGGUGUGAACUAGAAGCUCAUCUGCAGAACAGGUGUCCUGGUUUCAAGAAGUACAAAUCUGAACUACAGAGGAAAAAGAAUCCCAUUUCCAAAGGGAAGGAAGACCCCCCGACCAAGGUGGAAACAAACACACCCAAGGAUCCAGAGGUACCAAGCGGAGGAUCAUCACUUGUGGCAGAAAGCUCUGCAGCUGCUGUAGUAUCACUAGGGACUGCAGAGCCUGGACUGGUUAAUCCAGCUUUUGAGGAGACUGAAGAAGAUCUUCCUCAGAGAACUAGUCUUGUGGCUGAAACUACCACAAUUGAAAUUCACCGAGAAGACCCGGAGGAAGAGCUGGGGAUGAGGAUAGUUGGGGGUAAAGACACCCCACUCGGAAACAUCGUUGUUCAGGAAGUCUUGCGCGAUUCUGUCAUCGCUGCGGAUGGAAGAAUAGCACCUGGGGACCAUAUUCUUGAGGUGAAUGGCGUCAACAUCAGCAGUGUGACUCACUGCCAAGCUGUCUCCUUCCUGCGCCACCCAGGUCCUGUUCUCCACCUCAUGGUCCUGCAGGAGAAGGGUUUUUCCAACAAGACUGCACAGCAGGAUUCCACUUCUGCUACAAAUCGGGAAGUGAUCCACGUUACCUUGAUAAAGAGAGACCGAUCCGAACCCUUGGGAAUCAAGCUGAUCAGGAAGACAGAUGAGGCAGGGAUUUUUAUUCUAGAUCUGUUAGAGGGAGGUUUGGCAGCCAAAAAUGGAAAACUGAGUCGGAAUGACAGAGUCCUGUCAAUAAACGGCCAGGAUUUGAGGCAAGGAACACCCGAGUCCGCUGCGCAGAUAAUCCAGACCACUGAAUCCAGAGUGAACUUUGUCGUCCUGAGGCAGCUGGGUGUGCAGCUCUCGGACCUGGUGGAAGAUGGCAGCACAUCCAAUAACAGCAGCAGCAGCAGCAGCAAUGGAGGAAGCCCGGUGCACCAUCGGAGACGACUGGACCAGAAUCACUACAGACGAAAAUCUACCUACCAGAAGGAUUUACCUCAGGGAUAUGUAAGUCACGAAAAGACAGUUGCAAUAAAAAAGGAACCAAAGGAAUCUUUAGGAAUAACAAUUGGAGGCGGAAGGGAUAACAGAAACAAGCUCCCUAUAUAUGUAACGAGUGUGCAGCCCAUCGGAUGCCUAUUCAGGGAUGGCAGAAUCAAGCGAGGAGAUGUACUUCUGAGCAUAAAUGGCAUCGAUUUGACUCACCUGAACUACUAUGAAGCUGUCUCAGCACUGAAAUCUAACGCAGCUUCCCACUCAGUUGUACUGAAAGCCUUGGAAAUCCUUUCAGUGAACUCGACAGAGCCCUCUCUGGAUAUCAAGGAGCAAGGAUUCAGCUGGUCUCCUCUCUGGAUCACAUGGCUUGGAUUGCCAAGCUACCUUCACUUCUGUCAAGAUAUUGUCCUUAGCAAAGGUAACCUGGAAAGCUGGGGCUUCAGCAUUGUUGGAGGCUUUGAGGAAAGCAAAGGAAACCAACCCUUCUUCAUCAAAACCAUAGUCCCGGGGACUCCUGCCUUCCGAGACCGGAAACUGAAGUGUGGAGAUGAAAUAGUGGCAGUAAACGGAGUGCCAGCGAUAGGAAUGAGCAACUCGGAGCUGAUCCCAAUGCUGAAGGAGCAAAAGAACAAAGUCACCCUCACUGUGGUGUCCUGGCCAGGAAGCCUCGUGUGAAAGCUCAACCAGAACACACCACAGUUUCAGGUAUCAGACAGCAGUUGGCCAUCACACAAAGCUAAACAUGUGACACACAAAUCAAGGGAAUGCUGAACUCUGUGAAUACUACACCCUGUAUUGCCAUGGAAGACUUUUACCUUCCUUUUUGGAGAAAACAUUUCUUUCCUGUGCCAUCAACAAAUCUGGCGGUCGGAUUCAAAGUAAUAGCUCAUCUGAACAGUUGUAGCUUCCUGGGCUCAUUAAAGCUCUUCAGAAUUGGUGUUGCAGAGAAAGCUCUUUUUCCAGGGCUUCUCUACAAAUUGCCUUUGAGGCGUGUUCCUCAAUUUUAGACCUCUGUCUUCAAUUUGAUCUUUUGAACAGGUCAAAACAGGCCCAAUGGUCUGAUUUCCCCUGCUGGUUUAAUACAGUUCUGCUCCUUAUCAGACUGCCAUUCUUGGACGUUGAGUCAUUUUAUACACGCUUUAAAAGCCACUAAUAAAGUUGUAAGGAUUGGGACCUAAUUAAGCAGUUCAUAUAGCCCCCAGUCUCGAUAUUUUUAGGUUACUGAAACCUAAUGAAUGUUAAAAAAACCCCAAUUGUACCUCUCAGCUGAGAGCUGAAGAGCUGCUCGGUUAGCGUGGUGGGACUGUGCUGGCUUGUAGGAAGGUCCUAUCAUGGGGCAGCUGUCACGAAUCCUGAUUUAGGAUCCUACUGAAUAUGCUGAUUUGUUGCAAAUGAGUGAUUUUUUGACCACUUAAAGAAGCUGUCAAAGGUAUCAGCAAAAGUGGUUUCAUUGAAAAUACGAUGUUGUAAAAGUGUGAAUCAAAAAAAAAAAAAAAGCCUGAAUCAAACUACUGCUACUUCAGUUAAGGAAUCAAGUGAAUUUGUCACAGUAGCCAGAGAUAAGGAAUUUGUUUCGUUUUCAUCCCCUUCCUCAGCUUGGUUUCCCUGCUUUUAUGAGUUGAUAAAAUGACCAGUUUUUUUCCCCAGAAGGCAGAUGAUUAAGUAAACAGGUCUGUAACCAAAAACCUGUGUCCCAGCAUGCUGUCCUGUUGGUUUCCCAGCGAUCAGGUGCAGAGUUAGGGCAGGGGCAGGAGGAGGUACCCGACACAGUGCCUGUGCUCUCGGGCACGUGAGACCUCUGUCCGUGUCCCUCCUGCAGCUGGAGUGAACUCUCAGCUCCCUGGCUCAGGGCAAGCUCAGGGGGUCACUGACCACUCUGGCCACGUUGUACUGACUGGAUGAAUUAAUUAAGCUGCCUCCAGAAGGACAGUGUGCCUGGUUUGGCUUCAGUUCAAAUCUACCCUCUAGUUACAAUUUAAAAUAAUAAAAGAACUGCAGGUGGUUUGAUCUGUGACACCUCACUAAGUUCCCACCUGGAAACUCCCCAUGAAGCAAUGCCCUUCUGUUUUUAGAAGGCUGUUAAUCAGCAGUAGAAAUGACAGAUCUUCCUCAAAGCAGGUUGCAAGGGGAGAGAUCUUCCCUCUUACGCCAUUCCUGCUGUAGCUUUUAUGGGGCCAACUCUGAUUAGAAGAGUCAAAGGAGUUUCUCUCCCUGUCAAAAUGCUACCUAGAAUGAGUUUUUAAUUCCUUGUUGCAGUAAACUGGCUGCAGGUAAGUGCCCAUCAUUGUCUUAAGCAGUGCUUUUCUUAGGGCUGGCUACUUCCUAAUGAGCUGUGAGUGCAGAGCAGGACUGUUCCUUGCUGGGUGACUGAGUUGUGAGCACACAGAGUGACUUCACUUAAGGCAGGAUAGAGCAGGGGCUGGUAUCAGAGCCCAUUAUACAGAAAUAGCUCAGGAUUCCAUUGUCACAAAAGCUUCCCUGGCACUCGGUGUGGCCUCUUUGUUUGGCUGAUAAAUACCCCUGUGGACUCUGACAGCAGAAACAGGGUGGCCAGCUGGGCUCUGCGGCCUUUUUUUCCCUGUUUUCUUGUUGAAACACCUAGAGGAAAAGAAUUCCAAAAGUCAGAAAGGUGCCUGUGGAAAACCAGUUGCUUGACCUCUGUCUGACACAAAGGAAUAGAAAAACCACAAGCAAUUUUUUGUCUCUUUCCAAUCAAUGUGCAGAAUCUGUGCCUGGUAUGGAACAGUAAAUACUGAUGUAGAUAGGGAGAGGGUGAUUCCUACUGAGUUAGCACCAAAUGGGACUUGUAUGAAGUAGAGCAGAGGAAGCUGUGCAGCUGGUGGGACAGUGGGACUCAAGAGGAUGCUGCAGAAGGCAGCAGGAUUUUUACCACUAACUCCAUCUCGUUUCAAGGUGCCUUCAGCUUCACCAAAAUGUCCUGGUAAUUUAAAUAUUGCCUCCAAGAUCAGCUUGUUAAUAGAUGUUGAAUUUGUUUUGAUGACUUUAUAAAUUAUUGUGAUAUCACUGAAAAACAUGUAUUAUGGGUGGUUUUUUAACCUUUCCUUCCAGCGUAUCUGUUAACGCCACCAGAAUAGGUCACUUACUCCAACAACAGACACUUCUCCAAGAAACUGAUGUUUUGAGGCAACUUGGCCCGUUUCUCAUCUCCUGCUUUGGCCCAGUAGCAGCACUGAUGCCACCAGCACAAGAACUGGUCCCUUAUUUGAGAAUUAUUAGUCACCCUUGGGCACUCCCCAGGGAACACGACCAUGGGACCUGCAGUAUUUACCUGACACAAGGAAAGAUUAUUGCCAAAGCCCCACCUUUAGAUUUCUCUAGCACAUUAAAGGCAAACAUUUCACCUCGCUUUA